UUGUGUUCUGGGUCCAGUACAGACCCCAGUAAACCCUGUGCUCUCUUCUCUCCCCAGCACAGCGUCGGACACGCUCUAUGAGCCAGCCCAGCGUCAGCAGCCCACGGGGUCCAGGUGCCAGUCGGUGAUUCGGAGCAGGACAAGUUUGUUACCAAGUUGACUAAGCUGAGGAAGCUCUCGCUGUCCCACUGCCACCGCCGGCGCAGACCAUCCUUCCCUUGGCUGAAGAUCCCGUUGGAUCCCUUCCCAUAAUGGAAGCGUGAGUGCCAAGAUCCUCCAUGACCUCCAGAAGCCACAACUCCUUACCGAGAACUUUGAUGGCUCCACGAAUGCUUUCGGAAAGUGCCCUCGGGGGCAUCGCCCAAAUCACCCCCUCGCUCUACCUGAGCCGGGGCAGCGUCGCCUCCAACCGGCACCUGCUCCUCUCCCGGGGCAUCACCUGCAUCAUCAAUGCCACCAUCGAGAUCCCCAAUUUCAACUGGCCCCAGUUUGAAUACGUGAAAGUGCCUUUGGCUGACAUGCCCAACGCCCCCAUCUCCCUCUACUUCGACAGCGUCGCCGACAAGAUCAACAGCGUGGCGCGGAAGCACGGGGCCACCUUAGUCCACUGCGCCGCCGGCGUCAGCAGGUCGGCCACCCUCUGCAUCGCCUACCUGAUGAAGUAUCACAAGGUGUCCCUCUUUGAGGCCUACAACUGGGUCAAAUCCAGACGCCCCGUUAUACGCCCCAACGUGGGCUUCUGGAGGCAACUGAUAGACUACGAGAGGAAGCUCUUUGGGAAGACGUCGGUUAAAAUGAUACAGACGCCGUAUGGCAUCAUCCCAGACGUUUAUGAGAGAGAGAGGAGACCCCUGAUGCCUUACUGGGGAAUUUAAUGGGACUGCAGAUGGGAAGCACAACAGAAGGGACGCGCUGUGCUGAGUCGGACCAGACCGGAGACAUCCCCUUCUCCUCCUACAGCCAACAUUGGUUCUUUACCAUUCAGCAGAACCUCGACUCAUCCCCACCUCACUAACCUGCAAGGCCAACGGUUCCCUUCAAAGCAUUUCUCUCUACAGGGAUUCCCCCAUCCGCAUUUCUCUGAUUUAGCAGAAUGAGGUCUCCUUUAUAAGUUUAUUCCUUUCAUAAAAAAGCCUCCCUCCCUUUUUUAGUCAGUUUAUUAGCAUCCUGCGAGGAAAGGCCUACAAGGCAUUUGGCAGAGUUAAUGAACAAAGUGCGCUUUGUGAUGCGGUAGCCUGGAUAUUUCCUUAAUAGCUUGUUUGCUUCCUUGCAAAAUCCUGUAGUGGCUCGGGAGCAGCACUAGCACGGAGCGAGCGAGGUCCUACUCCACGGCAGCGGGGUUUUUUUUUUUUUCCAAGAGCCAGGAAGGCAGGGGUGCAGGGUUGUGGUGCUAGUGCUGGUGUUUUAUUUAACAUCCGUAGUGACUCUCAGUAUAUAGUGUUUGAGAUCUUUAGUCAGCUCUUAAUCUGUAUUAAAAGUCAAAAAAAAAAAAAGAAAAAAAAAAGAAAAAAAACGAGUGAAGUCAGUCCUUGUCGGCCACAAGCAAAAUAAAAUUUGAGUUAUUCAAAUCGAAUAAAUACAAGAUUCUUUUUCAUUCAUUCCAUGCCAGGGCAAUAGGCCUGGAACACACUUGCACUACUGAAAAACGCUGGUGUUUUUUUUCUGGGUGGAAAGCAAAGAGAGAUCUUGUCCAAAGGCGGCUCGAGACGGCAGCGAGAGGUUGGCCCCUUCCUAAAUCACUCCAUCACGUCCUCAAGGUUAUGUUUUAUUCCGGAAUUAAUUCUGCGCAGGACGGCGAUCUGUCCAACCUCCCGGACGAGGACGGCUCUACCCAGGAGGCUUUGCCUUCUUCUGUGUGUGACCACAAUGAACCCAAGCCCAGAGGUGGGAGAAGCCUUUCCCUGGAUGUCGCUCCCUCCCGGCGCAGGGGAAGGGACUGGGUUCCUUGGAGCAGGACUGGGCCACCAGGAGAGCAAGGCACGUCCCUCCGAGACCUCUGUGUCCUCUGUUGCAUCUCCGGAGGAGGAAGAGGCAGGUUGCUGGAUGCCGAGAUAGCUAUCUGAUUUAAAUGAGAUUCUAUACUUGUACAAAAAAACCAAACCAAAUCAAUAAAGAUUAAAGAAGAACG